UGAAAACAAAAGAAAAAGAAAAAUGGUGGUCGAUAUGGAACUUCAAGAAGCAAAAGAUGAGGUUCUUCGGCUUAUGAAAGAUAAAGAUAAAAUUGAAUCGGAUAUACGCGCGCUAAAAGAUGUAUUAGAUAGCAACCAUGUGGGUAUGGAUGAUCCUCUGGUGGAUUCUGAGGGGUAUCCAAGACAGGAUAUUGAUGUAUAUCAAGUUAGACAUACAAGGCAUCGGAUAAUAUGUCUUACAAAUGAUCACAAAGCAUUGAUGAAGAAGAUAGAAGAAGGUUUACAUAAAGUACAUUCUCUUUCUGGGAAUCAAAUACAAGAGGCUAUAGCAACAACCAGCGAUAUUGAAGAACCGUUUUCAACAGAACCUUUUCUGAGAGUAAAUGUGGUGUCACCUUCUUCUCCAGCCGAAGUAGCAGGAAUUCAAGUCGACGAUCUGAUCAUAGAAUUUGGCUCUAUUAAUUAUGGAAAUUUCAAGACGUUAAAGGAUAUCGCGACAUUAGUAGAACACAGUAGGUAUAAGUCUUUGGAUAUAAAACUUAAGCGUGGAUCAAGUAUCUUGGCCCUGACUUUAAUACCACGUCCUUGGGAUGGCAAAGGUCUACUGGGAUGUAAUGUAAUACCUCUAGAAGUUGUCGAAAGAUAAAUUAUUAUUAUAAACUAUAAGAAACUUGAUGAUUAUACUUAUAUAUAUACACACACAUAUAUAUAAAGUUAUUUUUAUGCGCAUUUUAAUUGGCAAUAAAUUAAUAUUUAUAAAUAUAAUUUUUGUGCCAUUAUACACUUUAAUUCCUUCAUUGUUAUAUUGUGCAUUUAAUAACGGAUAUAGAUGAAUUUCUUUGGUAGUACUUAAAAAUGAUAUAAUCCUUGGAAGGAGCUUUGGUCGCUGGCAUUGUAACUUGAUAAAGAUAAUCCACCUGAGUGAGUUUCUAGUCAGCAUUCCUUAACAGUCAGCAUAGUAUAUAAUGGAAAUAAUUCUGUUGAAAGUUAGUUUAUGGGAAGUAGUAUCAGCAAGAUGAAUACCCAGGUGAUCGUAGCAUUUUGUCUGUUUGUUCUCGUUUUUGGAGCAUCAUGCGAGUCUACGUCACUCGAACAAUCUAAUUCGUUACCCUUGACGUUCGUUUACGCUGUCUAUCCGUUUUAUAAUACCGAAACACUUCUUCAAGUUUG